CCACCAAAUUGAUGCUAGUGUUAACUGCUAUUGUUUUUUUGUUUUUUUAAAAUGUAAAAACCUAGUCGGAAUUGAAAGCAUGGGUGAGACAAUGUCUAACGUGGUGGUGGUGGACAACGGCGGCGGCCUCAUAAAAGCCGGUAUCGGCGGCGAGCGCGACCCCGCCUGCGUGGUCCCGAACUGCACCGCCCGGCCUUCUUCCUCAAAGAAAUGGCUAGUGGCCGACCAGCUCCUCUCCCCGUCGGAGGACCUGACCUCGGCCACCCUCCGCCGGCCCUUCGACCGUGGCCACCUCAUCAACCCCGACCUCCAGUCCUCCAUCUGGGCCCACCUCUUCACUAACCUCCUCAAGAUCAACCCGUCCACCUCCUCCCUCCUCCUCACCGAGCCCCUCUUCGCCCUCCCCUCCAUCCAGCGCGCCGUCGACGAGAUCAUCUUCGAGGACUUCAAUUUCCGUGCCCUCUUCGUCGCCGACUCGCCCUCGCUCGUCCACCUCUACGAGGCGUCGCGUCGCCCCUACGGCCUUGUCUCCAAGGCACAGUGUAGCCUGGUCGUCGACUGCGGCUUCAGCUUCACGCACGCCGCGCCCGUGCUGCAGAACUUCACGCUCAAUUACGGGGUUAAGAGGCUCGAUCUCGGCGGGAAGGCGCUCACGAACUAUCUCAAGGAGCUGGUCAGCUACAGGAGCGUCAAUGUGAUGGAUGAGAGCUUCAUCAUGGAUGAUGUCAAGGAGAAGCUGUGCUUCGUCUCCCUUGACGUGCAGAGGGACCUCAAGAUUGCGCGGAGACCUGGAAAAGACAAUUUGUUUAGGUGUAGUUACGUGCUUCCAGAUGGCAUCACUCAUACGAAGGGAUUUGUAAAAGACCUCAAUGAAACAAAGCGAUACUUAGCCCUGGGUGAAGAUGAAGCCCCUUUUUCCCCAGAAGGAGGAAAGGAUUAUGUGGAUCUGCAGGAUGGUAGUGACGACCCCCAGCACAGAAGAAGCACUGACCUAACAAAAACCGAAUUUUCCUUGACGAAUGAGCGGUUCCUUGUCCCAGAGAUGAUAUUUCGACCAGCUGAUUUGGGAAUGAACCAGGCAGGACUUGCAGAAUGCAUAGUUCGAGCUGUCAAUUCGUGUCAUCAUCAUCUUCACCCUGUGUUAUAUGAGAGUAUCAUUUUGACUGGUGGAAGCACAUUGUUUCCUCGAUUUGCCCAAAGACUAGAGAAGGAGCUUCGGCCUUUAGUCCCCGACGAAUACCAAGUGAAGAUCGCAAGUCAAGAAGAUCCAAUAUUAGGUGUUUGGCGAGGGGGAUCACUAUUAGCGUCUAGCCCUGAUUUUGAAGCAAUGUGUGUCACCAAGGCUGAGUACGAGGAGCUGGGAUCCGCUAGGUGUCACAGGCGAUUCUUUCACUAGCAUGAAGAUCUUUAAGACACCAACGAUAGGAUAAACAUUCCAAGGCUGGUUGAGAUAAGUAUUUCUAAGUUUGAGAUCACCACAAUUCUUGAGGAGCUGAAUGUAUAGAUCUUAGAGAAGACACAAUAUGCUUGUUUAUGAUCUUGAGGUUGUCUAUCUUUUGGUCCGAACUCAAUGAAAGAAACUUAUGCAUGCGUCAUCACGAAGGAAACCGUACAAAUUGUAUCUUUUUACUACUUUUCUUAUUUCUUUUUACCCUUAAAUUGUAUCCAACUUUGUAGGCUGUGGAAGGCUCCAUAUCAUAUCAUUCAAUUCCUCGUAGCACUCUCAAGGAUUAUGAAAGUACGACUGAAGUUUGUGACGGGAAUCUAUCUCAACUCCUUUGGAAAGCCGGUCGGUGUCUAUAUAUCUAUAAAAGAAUAAUCAUUUUCAGAAAUAGUAAAUUGUAUUUUUUCGUCAAAAUCAUGUCAUUUUUGGAAAACAAUUAUUAUUAUUAUUAUAUUGUUUGUAUGUUUCUUUCGUCUA